CUGCAGUUUUUGAGAAAGCAAUUAUAUGAAAUGGGUGUUCGGUGCCACUCUGGGCCGUUUCGGGCCGUUCUUGCCUGCGUGUGAAUGAAGGGGUUGAUCAAAGUAUAACAUCAUAAAGCUUUCAGUUCUAAAAGGUUGUUUCCGAAGUGUCUCUAACACAGCUCAAGGUUUGGGGCAUCCAGUUGGAUUGUUAAGGGGUUGUUCCAGCCCAUUGCAAUCCAUGCCAGCUUUUCCACUGUUCCGACUCAACAUGCAUGGGAGGAACUACAGCUCAGCAAAGAGAAAUCGAAACUUAAGUGCCACCCGGGCAGCAGAGAAGCGGAAGACGCAGACGGAGGGACGGACAAGGUGCUAAAGUGGGGCGACUUGUGCGGGCCCUGCUGAGAGGAAGGCAGGGCCUGUGGACUUGGCAAGCUAGGAAGACAUACACACACACACGAGGGAAGGAAAACAGCCCUGCUGCUCGUCCUGCUCCUCCUCCACUGCUGGCUACGACAACUUUCAUCCUCCGCCAACUGCGCACCCUCCUGCUGUCCCCACCAGACCCUCGCUCCUUUCCCGUCUCCUGGAAGGAAGCAGAUACCCUCUAAGUCGCUGUGGAGCUCUGGAGCAUCUGAAAUGGCCUCUGUCCUGGAAGUGUCCAGUAUUGCUGAAGACCUGCUUUGCCCCAUCUGCCUCUCCUUCUUCCAGGACCCCCACAUCCUGGCCUGUGGACACAAUUUCUGCCUGUCCUGCUUGGAGAGUUGUGUUGUCCCCAAGGGGCAGCAUCAAGGGACAUGCCCGCAAUGCCGAGAUCCCUUUGACCUUCAAGGCGCCACUCGCAACAGACUCCUGGCCAGCCUGGCAGAGAAGGCCCGGCUGCUCAGGCUGGAGGAGGGGUCCCAGUCUGGCAGGGCUGGGAGCUGGUAUUUUUGUGAGGAGCAUGAGGAGCCGCUCAAGCUCUUCUGCAGCCAGGAUGAGGCCCCUGUCUGUGUGAUCUGCCGGGACCUGCCUCAGCAUCAGGGCCAUAGCUUUUUGCCGAUCAAGAACGCUGUGAAACGUUAUCAGGAUCAGCUGAAAGCCUCCCUGGAGCCCCUGGAGGACGGCGUGAAAUGGGCCACAAAAAACCAGUCUCGUCAGCAGGAGGCGAUAGAGGAAUUGGAGAGCUUAAGUGAACAUCUGUGUGGCUGCAUCUUCGUAGAGUUUGAGAAUCUGCGUGAGAUCCUCAACGAGAGAGAGCAAAGCAUGUUGGAAAUGGUGAGGCAGAUGAAGAUGGACAACCAGGUGGAAAUGGAAGGGAAGCUGGAGUAUUUGAAAGCACAUACGUCCUCUCAUACUGAGACCAUCUCUGGGAUCCGAGCUGCACUUGACGAAACCAAUGAAUUUGCUUUCCUGAAGGGAGUCAAGGAACUGAUGGGACGAAUCCAGGAUCUUCUAGGGAGUGACAAAACAGAAAGUGGAUCAGAUGAGCAUGGCCAUGGGGCCAAGGAAGGCCAUGAGAAACAUAAUGAAAAUCAGACUGACAGCCAGGGGGAUGAAGCCAUUGGCAAUGCAAGGAAAACUUAUGGAGAACCUCAGGACAGUAAGGGAGAUCUAUAUGAAGAUAUUGUACCUGUGGACCCAGCCAUUGGAGAGCUGGAAGAGUCACUAGAGUUUGAGACCUGGAAGGAAAAACUCAGAACUAUCGGUACGGAGGAGACUUUUUCUCCAGAGUCAGCCUGCAGUACCCCACCGCCACCAGAGGAAGAUACGCUUCCACCUGGAGGCAGCAACGUCCCUGAGGCAGCAGGAGAAGCACCUCCCGCAAGCCUGGGCUGCAACACAAAAGUUGGCACCACAGUACCAGGUAAAGGUUCCCUUGGUAAAAAGAAAGAGCCACCUAAGCCCAAGAAGGCUUGUGCCUCAAAACAAGGAGAAAAGGGAAAAAAGAAGAAAAAAAGCAAAGGGUCUGCAAAGAAACAGUCAACCCACCAAAAAGGAAGUGAUGCUUCCAAAGUAAAGGAGUCUCAGAAUAGACAUCAAACAUCCCACCGUGGAGGUCAUGGACAUGGCUUUGGUUCAACAACGGGACCCUGGAACAACUAUUAUUAUGGUUAUAGAGAUGGUUUUAAUUAUUAUGAUGAUUAUUAUUGGUAAGAAUAUGGUGUAGAACUCUUCUCAACAACAAAAAGUUCUCCAGGUAGUUGACAGGACAAAAGAAAUAUUGCUGUCCUAUCAAUUUCCUGCAGAAGUGAUUGCAUUGGAGUGCUGAGAGAAGGAUCUUUCUCCAGUCCUGAAUGAAAGGGAUGACACAUUGAGAGAGCUGACUUCAGAUCUCAUCUGAGGCACAGACUGAGUAGCACAAUCAUUAUUACGUCUCCCGGCCUCCAUUAUUAGGGCUGAAGAGUGUAGUUAAUUCAUCUGUUAGACUAACGGAGUAGGGCAACUGACUCUGGAAUGCACUUCCUAAUGAAAUUAGAGUUUCUCCUUCUCUGAAUGUUUUUAAGAAGGACCUGAAAACAUACAUGUUUAGCCAGGCUUUUAGUUUAUAGUUUUAAAGCUCUAGGUUUUAGAGUUUGUAUUUGUAUUUUUAAAUUGUUUUAAUUGUGUUAAUGUUUUAAUGGUUUUUAGAUUGUGAACUGCCCAGGGACUUUUUUGUACGUACACACACGUACGUAUACACACACACACACACAGAGGGGCAUAGUAUAAACCUAUGUGCCACAAUAGAACAUUAUCCUAAAUUAUUUUUUAAAAGGUUUUGUAAAUUCUGGACAAUGCAAAUCAUUGAAUGGUACUAGAGAAAGACAUGCAGUUCUGGUAGCUCCAGGUCUUAACACUCACAUCAAUUUCGGAGGAUGAAUACAACUGAAGGAAGCCUGGGCGGGUGUGCAGCUGGGGGAAUCAGUCAUGUGACUUGCCUCUGGGGGGGGGGACCCAAGGCAGUGGGCCCCCAGACAAUGUUCUCCCCUUGCCAAUUAUAGUUACACCCCUGCACGCACACACAGACAGAUAUUUAACAAAUAAUGCUGGUGAUUGGGGCCAUCCUAGAAAAUGCAUUUUCUCUUCCUCUCGUUUGGGAGGGAAUGUAUCUUCUAAGAUGGUGCUGCCUGUGCAUCAUCUAAAAUGGAAGACUGUGCCUUUUUCUUCUUUGUUUUUAUUCCUAGAUAAGGAAUAUUAUUUAGGAAUAAAAUUUGUUUUUAUUCCUAGACUAUUAUCUUUGUUUUUAUUCCUAGACUAAUCAACUAAGGUUCCUCUAAAUGGGUGACAUAUCUGCCAGUUGCUUGUCAGCACAAUGACCAAUAACAAAGUUGUUUCUGAAAAUGAUAACUUGCCCAAAUGAUCAAUUAUUAUCAGUAUUAUUUUUUCUUGUGUUGUGUUCAUGGUGCUGUAGAAAGGAUGAGAGGAUAGAGUGCCAGCGUGGUGUAGUGGCGAGAGUGCUGGACUAGGACUGGGUAGACCCGAAUUCAGAUCCCCAUUCAGCCAUGAAACUAGCUGGGUGACUCUGGGUCAGUCACUUCUCUCUCAGCCGAAAACACUUCACAGGGUUGUUGUGAAAGAGAAACCUAAGUAUGUAGUACACUGCUCUGGGCUCCUUGGAGGAAGAGCGGGAUAUAAAAUGUUAAAAUAAAAUAAAAUAAAUAAUAGGUCCAGAGGGGCUUGUAGCAAGAUAUUGAAGCAGAUGAAGGGGUCGGAAAUGUAGGCAGAGAUCAGGAGGAGGAGAAUAUGCCAAAGAUUUCAAUUGCAGGGACUUGAGAGUAAGGAAUGAGGAGGCAUUGUGCCAAAGGCUUCAUGGAAAAGGUGGGUUUUAAGAAGGAAUUUAAAGACAAAUUGGCUAGUGAAAAUGUUUCUGGACCAAGAGGUUUUGUGGAUUUACUUGAAAGGCCACCCUAGACAUAUCCCACUGCCCAAAGUGGGGAGAACCAGUUUGUUUAUUCUCUCCAGCACUGUCAAAAACGACACAAUGGAGCUCUUAUCAUGAACAGUGAGAAGAACUCUGGGGCGGUCAGCAGGGAGAGCGGGUUACACUUACCCCCCCCCCCCCCGCGAUGAUUGUCCUUGCUUCCCUGGGCAGCUGCCUCACCCGCCCAAACCACUGGCGGCUGCUCCCUGCAGCUCUGAGGAUAGGGGUGCCAGGACGUGCCCUGGAGCUCCAAUAAUCCUGCCCCCCGAAGCUGCAAUAUUGGGAUCCCCUCCCCCCCACCCAAGUGUGCCAGCUGCAGCUGCAAGAUGACAUGAGCAAGUAAAUGAGGUUAAGGGAGCGCACUCUCCCUGAACCUCGUUUUAAAGGGAGGCUACUUAGGUGGGUUUGCAGAUGUGUAGCUGCUGGGAUCAGGCGUGGGAGGAGAGCUGGUCUUGUGGUAGCAAGCAUGACUUGUCCCCUUAGCUAAGCAGGGCCCUCCCUGGUUGCAUGUGAAUGGGAGACUACAUGUGUGAGCACUGUAAGAGAUUCCGCUUAAGGGAUGGAGCUGCUCUGGGAAGAACAUCUAGGUUCCAAGUUCCCUCUUUGGCAGCAUCUCCAAGAUAGGGCUGAGAGAAAUUCCUGCCUGCACCAUUGGAGAAGCCGCUGCCAGUCUGCAGAGUAGACAAUACUUAGCUAGAUGGACCAGUGGUCUGACUCAGUCUAUGGCAGCUUCCUAUGUUCCUAUGGGAAUAGCCUCAAUCUCUCCUCCAUGUUGUAGUGCAGGGAUUCCCAUCCCCAACCUUUUGGUCCUCGGAUGUUGUUGGGCUGAUGAUGGGAGCUGUAAUCCAACAACAUCUGGGGACUCAAGGUUGGGAACCACUCUUGUAGUAGGAGUGGGGCCGAAUAUAAAAUGAUGUGCUGAAAUCUGAAGAUGUCUAAGCUAAGGAAGCCCUUGAUAAUGAGUCUGUAGUGUCUGGUUUUGUAGGAUAUUGCGAAACUGGAAUGGGCUGAAAUAACAAGUGUCCCUUAUGCUGGAUUAGAUGUUCCCUGAUUUCAUUCAUCCACCAAAGCAGCUCUUAUGAUCUGGAAGUCACCAUCCCCAGCACAGCAUCCCUCCAUCGACUAUGGCUGGUGUCUGUCUUCUGUUCUUUUUUAGAUUGUGAGCCCUUUGGGCACAGGGAGCCAUUUUAUUUAUUUUUUGGUUUGUUAUGUAAACCACUUUGGGAACUUCUGUUGAAAUGCGAUAUAUAAAGAUCUGUCAUAUUCAUAUUCA